AAAAAAAAUAUUUCCAGGAUCUAAAUACAAAAUAAUCAUAUCCUCAUAAUUCGAAAUUUAAUUUGUUUUUAUGCAAUCGUUUGGAUUUAAUUACUUUUUAAAACUGACAGCCUUUUAACAUUAAGCGUUUUGAAGAUCGGAUAACUCGUAUUGUUUUUUUGAAUAUGUCCUUGGGUAAAUGGUAGAGUAAAAACAAACCAAGUGGAAAGAAAACAGCUGAUCACAUCUGUCAAUCAUUAAAACUGCAUCAACUAUGUUCUCUAAAAUAUUGGUACAGUCUUACCCUCUAAUCAACAAAAAACAAGUUAGUUACUCUUUGUAUUAGAGGCUUAAAGUUUUAUCAGAACAAUCAUGAAGUUGAAUGCUACUCCAAGGCAUUAUAUGCCACUUUCUCAAAAUCAAAGUGAUGAAGAUGAAUCUGGUCCUAGUAAAGAAGAUAAAUGUUCCAAACUGGUUUUUAAAAGCUCAUUUGAUGCUUCUGCUGUACUUACAAAAACUACUAUUCAAUCUCAAGUCGUUAAAGUGAAUAUAAAAUCGCUUCCUAUGUCACCUUUGAGGAAAUUAGCAUUUAUUACCUCAUUAAUUAUGUGUGUUCUAUUUGUCAUUAUAUUUGUUUAUUUCAUACCAUGUACUCCUGCAAAAGAUUUGGCCAGAACCUAUCGCUUGACCUAUAAAUGGAAAAGAAUAUUUCAUAAUAUGUCCUUUACCACCCCUUUAGAAUUUGUGAAAAAUAAUGUAUCCAAAACAUCACUUAUUAUUCUCGGAUGUAAUAAUGGUGAGCCAAGUUUAAUUGCUAUUCAAGAAAAUAAUGGCAAAGAACGUUGGAAACUUCAUUUUCAUUCUGCUCUUUUUUCUUCAAUUUGUAAUGUUUUGGAUUUAAAUUCAGAUGGUAUACCUGAAUGCCUAAUUAUUGGAAAUAAUGGUUUAUUUGCAGCUGUGGAUGUUGAAAAAGGUGCUACUCUCUGGUAUCUUCAUAAUCAUAGUGAUAUAUUGAGUCCUCAUUCUAUUUAUGGUCCUGCCAUUGUUCCUGAUUGUGAUGAUGAUGGAAUAUUAGAUAUUAUACUAUCUUACUACAUGGAAGGAGAAAAUGAAAAAGCUCACUUGGCUUUUGUUUCUGGAGCUACUGGACAGAUUAUUGGAAAUCUUUUACAUCUUCCUCAUUGCACAAGUCCAGUAACUGAAACCUUUACAUGGAAUUCUCAGAAUGAAAGUCAUAUUGUUUUAUAUUGUUCUGAAAAUGGAAAUGGUAAUUUAUGGAUGAUAUCAACUAGAGAAGCAUGUGAUACUGCCCUUAAAGUGUCUACUAAGCUGACUCUCAAGAAUAUUUUUAAGAUACCUCCAUUUGCACAAGAUAUUCAUUUUUACAAGUUAUCAACUGUAGAAAAUCAGCUAGUGAUAGUUUUAGAUGGAAUUAAAUUUUUACUACUCGAAAAGCAUCACAACACAUUUCAGUUGAAAUGGAAAACUUAUGUUGAAGGAGAACAACAUACACGAAUUUUGACUGAUGGACAAUUUAUAAAAGGUGGCAAUCAACUAAUGAUAACAACUGUGAAUCCUUCCUCUUCAACAAUAAUGGGAAUUGACUUAAACAAUGGCAAGGUGACAACUAUUGCUCAAGUUGUUGGAAGUGUUAAGGGAGGUGUGAAAUUGGUAAAAUAUUUUGGGGUUACAGAUGGUGUUAUUUUGAAGACAAUAACAUCUAAAAACUUUUAUGAAGCAAAAGGCAUAUUUCAGGAUUAUGAUGCGAGUUCAUCCAACGAGUCUUACAAAUAUGACGAUUUCACUAAGGCUAAUCUCACAAAUGACACAAGAGUUUUUAGAGAAAAUUAUGUUUUAUUAAAGAGUGGAAAAUUGCCUAAAUUAAGAAAGAUUCGUUCCGAAAAAGUUUUAGUAUCUUGUAAAGGUGAUGAAUGUUACCCAGAUGCUUUUAUCAAAGAUUCCACUAUUUCUGUUAAGAAAGCUGAAUUAGAUAUUUCAUUCGAUGUGAUGACUGUAACUUCAACUUUGCUUCCAGCUAGCAGUUCUGUACAAGAAAUGAUUGUUAACUUCUUUAAUUUAGAGAAUAUAUCUACUUGGCCUUCAUGUUACAAUUAAGUUCAAUUAAAUGUAAAGUAUUAGUUCUGAAAAAGUAUUCUAUAGAUUAAUCUAAGCAGGAACUUUUUCAUGCUUCAUUUAUCUUUCUAUGUUCAGCUAGACUUGGAAAAAGACAGAGCUGUUAAUAAUCAAAAAAAGAGAUUUAAAUUUAAGUAUAUUUAUUAUUUCGGCAAAACCUUUUUUUUAUUUACUCUGUACUCUUAGUGAAAUUUUUAUUUCUUACAACUUUU